UUCCCACCCCGGUGGGGGAGAAAGGUAGUAGUCGCCAGACCCAAGGGAGAGCAGCCCAGACCAGGAAGAGAAUCACACCAGGCAGGCAAGGAGCGCCAGCGAGAGGGAGACCGCGUAGACUGCCGCGAGAGGACGGAGAGCGCCCCGCGAGCCAUCCCGGGUCGGGCAGGAGGCGGCCGGCGGGAGAGAAAGCAUCACCACCAUGGCUGGUGGUCAUGAACCAUACAUUGAAAUAUGUGAGCAGCCGAGACAGAGAGGGAUGCGUUUCCGAUACAAAUGCGAAGGGAGAUCAGCAGGCAGCAUUCCAGGAGAACACAGCACUGAUAUCAACAGGACUUUCCCAUCAAUACAGAUUCUGAACUACGUUGGGAAAGUAAAAAUCAGAAUAACAUUGGUAACAAAGAAUGAACCCUACAGGCCGCAUCCCCACCGGCUGGUUGGAAAAGACUGCGAAAAUGGCUACUAUGAAGCCGAAUUUGGGCCAGAACGCAGAAUCUUGAUUUUUCAGAACCUGGGUAUUCAGUGCGUGAAGAAAAGAGAGCUCAAGGAAUCCAUUAUCUCACGGAUUACAAAGAAAAUCAACCCCUUUGGUGUCUCUGAAGAGCAGCUAUUGGCUAUUGAAGAAUACGAUCUCAACGUGGUGAGACUCUGCUUCCAAGCUUUCCUCCCCGAUGAACAUGGCCAUUGUACCCGUGCUCUUUGCCCGAUCAUCUCCAACCCUGUUUAUGAUAACAGAGCUCCCAAUUCGGCAGAACUGAGAAUCUGCCGUGUGAACAAGAAUUGCGGAAGUGUGAAAGGGGGAGAUGAAAUUUUCCUUCUGUGUGACAAAGUUCAGAAAGAUGAUAUAGAGGUCAGGUUUGUGAUGAAUGAAUGGGAAGCCAAAGGCGUGUUCUCGCAGGCUGACGUGCAUCGCCAAGUGGCCAUUGUCUUCCGGACCCCUCCCUUUUAUGAAGAAAUCACCGAGCCGGUGACAGUGAAGAUGCAAUUACGGAGACCCUCGGAUCAAGAAGUCAGUGACCCCAUGGAUUUCAGAUACCUGCCGGAGGAAAAAGAUCCUUAUGGUCAUAAGGCCAAAAAACAGAGACACUCCAUGGCUUUUCAGAAGCUCAUGCAGGAUUGUGGUCCAAGUGCAUAUGAGAGGUCUAGAGCUGGCAUAUUUCAGAAGGUUGCUGGCGAAGGAAAGACAAUUAAGAAAGAAAUGAAUCUGUACCAUUCCCAGUUUGAAGCAAUCAGCCCACUGCAGAGAACCCCUCCAGGGCCACCCUACUACCCGCCUCCCAUAAGCAGCCUCAUUUCCUCUGGAUGCCCUGCUCCACCUCUACAGAUGAAUGGGCCCAUUAAGCAGGAUGUUGCUCCGGCACCAUGCUGGCGUUCCUACAGUUUGUCCCAGAAUGUUUCACUGCAGCAAACCAACAUGGCGGCAGAUGGAUUGCAUCCCAGCAUGCAGAACGGCAAUGCACUGUCACUAGGACAGGAAAACGUCCUGAACUGGGCCAGUCCGAAGGAUGGGAAUGCCUUCAGAGGAUUCCUUGGUGCCCCAAACAACCAAGGAUCGCCAUCACCCAUGUCUCAGCAAGAUAUGUUGAAUGCCUGCAGUGCCACCGCCAGCCAGCCAACCCAUCACACGAACGUUGCAAUGCCCAAUGGCACCAGCAUGGAGAUAGAGGAUGGCAGGUGCUCAAGCGUAACCUUGGAAAAGACCCCUUUGAGUUCCAUGUCCAGUGGCUUUGAACCGCUGCCCCUCAGCUUUCUGGAUAGCCUCAAUGAAGCAAGUCCAUCAGGCAACCCGGGUCUUCAACAUCCAAUGCAUAUGUCCAAUAGCCAGUACUUCAGUGCAUUUGGUACCCAAGAACAAGAGUUCUUUAACUCAUUUGGAGGCAAUUUUGAAGACAUUAUUUGAACUGAAACUCGAUAAGGUCAUUGCUCAAGGAGACUGUGAUUUCUUUCAAUAGGAGAAUUAUUUUUUCACAUGACUGCUGUGGAGAAGUAAUACUUGUUCUCAGGGUACUAGUAUAUAGUGUGACUUUAACAAAUGAUGCAACCAUUUUAGGAGGAUUGAUUGAGCAGGGACCAGGUAGGCUUGAAUAAGUUCUUAACCAUGCUUUGUAAAAUGCACUUUGUGUUCAUAUUCUCAGGCUGCUGGAAGAUGUUAAGGGGGAGGGUUUAUUUAAUUUCUUUUUGUAGUGCUCGUAUCCACCCUCUUUGCUCAGUUGCACUCGGCUAGUAUUGCAACCUUGUCUGUUUUGGGACCUUGAUGAGUCCCAUCCAGGGAUGGUGGUUGUUGUUGUUGGUGGAACAGUCUCUGUCUCUGCUUGUCUCCCUUGCUUUGAUCAUGGUUCAGGAGGGCCUCUCAAUCCAGCUCUAGUCAUACACAACUGUAGAGCCCAGAUCCAAAUAGGGACAUGUAUUUCACAUGCACAUCAAAGGACUUAUUCAGCCAAUGCAGUGGGAUCUGGAUGGACGUACAGCUUCUUCUGCAGCUGUGCAUUGGCCUCUGCAUCACCUCUGCACAGAUCUCCCUUGCUGGAUUGGGGCAACUCCCCUUUGACCUGCACAUUCUCAAAUGAUUGAAAGAUUCCUCACCUACUGACAUUUGGAAGAGCGACCAGCCUCCAACUUGUUGCAUAAGAUUGUAUGACUAGUCCUUUUCUUUCUUUCUUUCUUUCUUUCUUUCUUUCUUUCUUUCUUUCUUUCUUUCUUUCUUUCUUUCUUUCUUUCUUUCUUAUAUUUUAAGAAGAAACAUCUGGAGUUGUGGUUUCUCAUUUCUGUUUUUUUAAAAUGCAACAUGGACUUGUAUGUGCCCUGAAACCAUAGGCAUAUGUUUCUUAUGGGACUGUGGCAUUUUGGGGUGAGGCUUGGUUAUUGCGGCUAGGGAAUAAUCUGCCUAUCCUGUUUUUUCAUGUCCCUUCCAAAUGCUACUGCUGAGCUUGAUUGAUUUAUUGAUUUACUGUGCUGGCCACACAAACUCCUUGACUAAGUUCCUGAAGGAUUCAUUUGGUAUCUCCAUUGCAAUAAUAACUGAUCCAUUGGAAACUAAAGGCUGUAAGAUGUGCGGGCAGCAUCAUCCAAUUGUCUAACUGAAAAGAAGAUCCUUUUGUCUAUUUCAUGGGCCAAAGACAGCUUGGAAUCCACAUCGAAGCAACACUUUCAAACUUCUCAGCACUUGCAUAUUACCACUAGAGAUGCUGGCUAAAACUACUGAUGGACUCUUUAUGUUCUUUCCCCUUCAAUGAGGCCUGCAUCUCUGCCAGCGCACAAAUUCAAUACAUCUUGGACCUAUGAGGCUAUAUCUCUGUGAUAGAACUAGUCUUUUGCAGUAAGGAGAUUCCAGGUUAUAUCUCCCAGUCUCCAGUCUGAGGAAAAGCCUUCAUCCUGAGCCAUUGGAGAAAUAGAUGCUACUCAGAGUAGGUAGUACUGGGCUUGGCUCUGUAUUGAACCUGCCACCUGUGGUGUGUUUUCAGUACUCUGUUUCCACUGCGGAUAUGCCUGUUGAGUGAUGAUGCUUCCAACAUGCAGCUGUUUAGAUCCUAGACUGCAAUAAUACUUUCUGCAAACUUUCCCCUGCAUCUAGGAUGGCCUAAGGCAGGGAUUCUCAAACUUGGGACAGAGGAAGCUCAGUAUUGUCUACACAGACUGGCAGUGGCUUCUCCAAGGUUGCAGGCAGGAAUCUCUCUCAGCCCUAUCUUGGAGAAGCCAGGGAGGGGACUUGGAACCUUCCGCUCUUCCCAGAGGGGCCCCAUCUCAGCUCUCAUCAUCCACAGCCACAAUAGCCUUCCAGCAACAUCUGGGGACCCAAGUUUGAGAACCCCUGGCCCAAGGCCUUGGAGAAAUGACAUUCUGGUAUUUCAAAGCACUUCAGGCCAAUAAAACAGUGCUUGAAACAAUACAUGUGAUUGAGACAACAAUACAUGUGAUUGACAGCGUUGAGGCGGAAGAAUCACUACAAGGUGGUUUCUUUUUCUCCGUCUGUAAUUACAGGAUAAAGUGGUUUUUGUGAAAAUGCUUUCAUGUGAUUAUUCUCAUGCAGGGUAUCAUACCCUGAAACACUCUGGAGUCCUAUCCCUUUUCAGGACAGAGUAAUGUGCUUUUACCAUGCAAAGACUCCUAUUAAUAUUAUAAUUUUAGUAGGAUUGCAGUAUACACAGUGCAGUCCUGUGCAUGCCUGCUUAGAAGUAAAUCCUACUGAGUUCAGUGAGACUUAUUCCAUGGUAAAUGGGUAUAGGACUGCAGCUUCAUUUGAUUAACUGAUCAGAUUAAUUGAAAUUAAUCAACUAAAGCCCUCAUUCAUUGGGCACCAGAUUUAUUUUUAAUUGCUAGGUGGGUUUUUUUAACACAAGAAUUUACAGACAUUGUGGAUUGCAGACAGAAGAAACAUUUCUCCUCCUCUCCUACACAGGAGGGGAUGCCUCUUCCAAAACAGUGAUAUUUGGUUCACACCAUUAUUUGAAUAUUGGGUUAAUGUUGGUUACCAGCAUUAGUAUGAUUGUGUGAACUCACACCAAGGUGGGAAUUUCAGAUUCAUCUCAGGCCAUAAACCACUUUGGCAUAGGUUCACACAAUCAUUCUAAUGUUGGUAACCCACAUUAAACCUAGAUUCAACUAAAUUGUGUGAUCCAGGCCACUGACUCCUGUGAUAUGUGCAUGCAGCAUCUAAAACUUGUAAAAUAUUUUUUUCUCUUGUGGUAGUGUUUUGUUCAUUUGCAAAUAGUGUAGAUCAGGGGUUUCCAAUCUGUUGCCGGCCAGAUGUUGCUGAACUAUAACUCCCAUCAUCUCCAGUUAUAAUUUGUGUUGGGGAUGAUGGGAUUUGUAGUUCAGCGACAUCUGGAGGACCACAGGUUGGGAGCCACUGGUGUAGACUUAAUCAAUUAGUUGAUUAUAUCUAAUUUGCUUAGCUGAAUACAUCUUUAAUUGGAUUCCAAAGGAUGGAAUCCACAGUUUUUGCCACAUGAUCUGGAAGAGUGUCCACUUCUGUGAAUGGAACUCUCCUUCUGUGAACAGAAGCUGCUUUCGUUCAUGCUUCAUGGAGCAAAACCCAGGUUGUGAAUAUUGAGAGGACAGUUCCUAUAUUGGUCAUUCUUCCGCCUCUGCCUCUGAUCCUGAAUCAUAGCAUUGGAGUGGGGCUUAUUAGACUGUCUCGUCCCCUCCCCUGCUUGAUGCAGGAAAUCCAGAGCUCUAGCAUCCCCAAAAGACAGCUGUCCAGCCUCUGCCUGAAAACCUCCACCCUGCUAGGUAUUUGGUUCCUUGGUCAAACCACUCUCAAGCACUUAGAAAUUUCUCCUAAUGUUCUUUUCCCAAUUAGAACUGGUCUUGCCCUCUGGAACAGCAGAGAACAAGUCUUGUUGUUUCUCACACAGAAAGCUCUCUUCUGUGUGAUAGCCAUCUCCAGAUAUUUGAAGACAGCUAUCAUGGCUUUCCUUAGUUGAGACUUCUUUAGGUUAAACAUACCCUGUUCCUUCUACCCUUUCUCAUAGAACUUGUUUUCUAGACCUCGUUACUGUGUUCAUUCCCCUCCUCUGAACCCAUUCCAAUAUGUCUGCAUCUUCCUUUAAAGUGAGGGCCCCUGAACUGGCCACAGUACUCCAGAUGAGGUCUGACUAGUGCAGAAUCAAAUGGAACGAUUACUCAUUGUGACAUGGAAACGAUGGUUUCUAAUCAGUCUAAAAGUCACUCUCUCAUCAUCUAAGGGUCCGACCGCCUCCCUGGCAGGUUUAUGCUGCUGAUAUAUUUAAAGACAUUUUUGUUAUCCCCCUUGACACUUCUAAAAUUAUAUUCUCCUCAAACUCUCUUUUUGCAUCCCUUAUUGUCUCCUUGCAUUUCUUUUGUCAGAGCUUAUGUUCCUUUCUGUUCUCUUCAUUUGAGCAGGACUUAUAUAUUCUGAAGGUAGUCUUCUUCCCUUUUAUCUGUUUCCUGACUCUACUUGUUAGCCUUGCUGGCAUCCAGGGAGAGGUUUGGAUCCAAAAGCAGCCCCAGACUGUGUACCUGUUCCUUCUUGGGAAGUGUAACACCGUCCAGAACCAGCAGAUCAAAAUCAUCUCAGUUUCUGACCCCCACACAAUAAGUACUUCAGUCUUUUUUUAAAAUUCAGUCUCAGUUUGUUAUACCUCGUCCAGCCCAUCAUUGCAUCUAGGCAGGUAUUUAGAGAGGUUAUGGCUUCUCCUGAUGGUGUUGACAUGGAGAAAUAGAUUUGGGUGUCAUCAGCAUACUGAUAACGCCCUGCACCAAAUCUCCUGAUGAUCUCUCCCAGCAGUUUCAUGUAGCUGUUUUAAAAGCAUCAGAGACAAUAUGGAGCCCUGAGGGACACCAUAUAAAAGUUCAGAUUUUGAAGAGCAAUAGUCUCCAAGGGACACCAUCUAGAAUCUGCCUGAGAGAUAGGAGUGGAGCUUCCCUCCCCCCCACCCGCGCCCAACACGCUAGAAGGAUACUAUGGUCAAUGGUAUCGAAAGCUGCCGAGAGAUCCAAAAGGACCAACAGAGUUACACUCCCACUGUCAGUUCCUAACUGGAGAUCAUCCAUUAGGCUGACCGAGGCAGUCUCCACCCCAUAGCCCACCUUGCUCAACCAUGGAAAGUUGGAGACAGGCCUAUAGUUGCUUAACUCUGAAGGAUCCAAUGCAGACUUCUUCAGAAGAGGUCUAAUGAUUGCCUCCUUAAGACAACCAGGCAUCCUGCCCUCCCUCAGAGAAGCAUUUAUAAUCUCUACCAGACCUUCUACAACAACUCCCCUGCCCGAUAGUAUAAGUCAUUCUGGACAAGAGUCAAGGGAACAGGUGAUUGGCCACACCAUCCCAAGCAGCUUGUCCACAUCUUUCGGGAGUCACAAACUGAAACUGAUCCAGCCUAACCACAUAAGAGGAGUUGCUGGACACCUCCGCUUCAGACACUUGCAGUCAUUGUCGGGUCUGAGUCUUAGUCGGCCAGAAUACAAGAUAUUUUAUCCAUGAUGAACUCAUUUAAAAUGUCACAGUGGGUAAUUGAUGGUUCGAGAUUCUGAUUCAAGGGAGGAGGGGCACAUACUAGCCCUCUCACAGCCCUGAACAAUUACACCCUCUCAGGAUGUAAGCUUACAGAUGCAAUACAGGCAGAAAAGUAUAGCUUCUUUGCCACACAUACUGCCUGAGCAUAGAUCUUCAAACGUGUUUUAUGUUCAAAUCUGUCACACGCAAGUCGAGUCUUUCUCCACUUGUGCUCCAGUCGUGUAUGUUGCCACUUCAGCCCCCGUAGUUCUUCCAUAUACCAAGGGGCCAGUUUUGAAGCAGGUCAGAGAGGACACUUAGGAGUGAUCAUGUCUGCUGCCCUGGUGUGUGUGCUGUUCCAAUUCUCGACCAGAGUUUCAACAAGAUCACUGGCAGAGCCAAUGCUAAAUCCUUCCAAAGCUUCUUGGAAUCUUAUUGGAUCCAAUAACCUUCUCGGGCUUUGGCAUUGCCCUUUUGGUGGCGAUCCUGUCAGUGGCGAUCCCACCACCACAGGCGGCGCUCCUAUAUAGCAGCAGGCAGAUGGCAACGCAGGACCUCACUCUGGGCCAUCUGGGAAGCAGAUGUUCUCUUCCUCUCCUGUAGGGUUUCUGGCAAGCUGAGGCCACAGGCAGCAUUCCUAUAUAGGUCCAGAGUUGCCUAGUCUAGGCAGGCGGUACACAGGAACUGCUGGCUCACCCUGGGCCCCUGUUCAAGAUAGGGCUGAGAGAGAUUCCUGCCUGCAACCUUGGAGAAGCCGCUGCCAGUCUGAAGGCAAUAUUGACCUAGAUGGACCAAUGGUCGGACUCAGUAUAUGGCAGCUUCCUGUGUUCCUAACUCCCUGCAGAGGAGGAGCAGCAGCCACAGUCCCACAAAUCACCCCGAGACAGGCAGCAAGCAAGCAGGCAGGCAGGCAGGCAUCAAGCGGGCAGCAGGCAGGCAGGCAGCAGAAGACAGAUGGGAGUGAAGGUUCUCUCCCCCUUCUCUCUAAGCUUGACUUAACCACUGAUACUUUGCAUUUGUAUAUUAUCUUGUUUGCAUUUAGGCAAAUCUACAUUUAGAUAUUGAUAAUGACUGUGUCAUUGUGGGUUUUUUUAAAUUUAAAAAGCAAGGUACACCUUUUAAAAGUGUUGAAAUAACUUUUAAAUAUUAAUUUGCAGAAUUCUCACAUUGAGGAGAAGACUCUUGUAACAAAUAUAGAGAGGUGUAUUUAUAACAAAUAAAAUUAGUGUAGCAGUUAUGAAAAACUUGCUUUUCUGCUGGUUUCCCUCACAUUGUGGGAAACGUCACCCCCGCCACCCUUGUGGUGAUGAAGGAGUGUAGGUAUGGCUCCUCUGUGCCAUGCGUUGCAUCCUCUCCUCUGCUUUGCAGUGGUGCUUCUGAAGCUUGCAGGGAUUCAGUGCCAACAUGAUGGCAUUGAGAUAGGGCUAAAAAAUAAGCUUUGAGUCUCAUGUAGCUUGUUCUCAGGUAAGCUUACGCAACACAGAUGUGUGUUUGUAUUUUGAAAGUGUUCAUUUGUAUUUUUCGCUGUGUUCCACUUUAAAGUAGACGUGAGUGGCCAUUGGGCCUGUACUGAGUCCCUUCUUUCAUGGGCUGCCACGUUGCACAGCAGAAGCACUAUUGUGCAAAGGCUGGAAUUGUGUGGACACAAUUGUGUGUUGGUAUGGCCAUUAUUUCCAAUGGUGUUCAUGCAAUUUUGGCGUUUGUGCAACAGCACCCUUACGCAGUUGGGCAUGCAUUUUGUGCCAGCCAUGUAACUUAAGAACAAAAGAGGCUCCUGAUCUUUGAUGGUUUGUAUGUCUCUGUGUGUGUGUGUGUGUGUUUGGAUAGACUUGCCCAAGUACAAAAGGGUUGCCAGUUGGUUAAGAAAACAAAGUACUUGAGAUUAAAUGCAGGGGUGGUAACAGAAGGACCCUGGAUGGUCCUGGAAGAAGACACCUGGUGUGCCUGUAUUGCUGCUGGGAGCAGGCUCCAGCCCUGUGACAAACCUGGGCCAAAAGCACUUAUGACCCCAGCAUUUCUGGAAGUAGAGAAUGAGUGCUGUGAGGCCAUGGGUGGCUGGAUGCAGAUGUACAAAACUUGCAGUAAAUGGGGUGUUGGGGAUGGGUUGAGAGGCAUGAUGAGCAGCGUGAUAUGGCUCGACCAGGAUGCCUCCAUUACCAAUUGUGGGGCUCCAGCAGAUAUCCAGAGACAUUUGUCUCUGGAGGUCAGAUGGGUGCUUUUUGCAAUACAAUCAACAUAAGUAAACCAAAUUUCUGCUGACGCCCUCCAUAUCCUUGGAGAAUCUGAACUAUGUAGCAAGUGAAAGACAAUUCCUUUUUGGUUUUGCAAUGAAAAGCACCAGAAUGAAGAAUUCCUGGCAACUCGUCUCAUGUCAAGAGAGAUUAUUUUUCAGUCUGAUAAAGUUUAAAAGUUCUCAUGUUUAUUAACUUGCUCUUAAUGUUCAAAAUGUAUGCCAUUUUUAUUCUGAUUUUAUUAAAAAUUUGUAAAUAAAUCAAAUAUUUUUGGAAACCC